AUGACGAAUUUGGGUAUAGGAGAAGGAAUAACUGAAAUUAAGCAUUAUGUUGACUGUAAAAUUUAUUCAGCAGGGGAAAAUUUCAGUAUGAUGAAUACAUUCUUAGUUAUUAAUAAAAUUGCGGAUAUUAUUCCUUCGGUUUCUGUAGAUAUAGGGAAAAUAAACAUACCAAUUGGUAUAAAUUUAGCUGAUAAGGCCUUUGGGGACUCUGGUAAAAUUGAUAUUCUGUUAGGGUCUCGUAUAUUUUGGCAAUUAUUAAGCGAGGGACAGAUAUCCUUAGGUAAAGGGUAUCCAAAAAUACAAAACACAAAGUUAGGCUGGGUUGUGGUAGGACCUGUAGAUUUUUCUAAUGGCAGAACGAACACAAAUCAAUAUUGUAAACUUGCAGUUAAUACAUUAGAUCAGCAAUUGGAAAGAUUCUGGCAGCUGGAAGAAUUUCCAAUAAAAAGGAAGCUGAAUGUGGAAGAACAGAAAUGUGAGGACACAUUUAAACAGAACACAGUCAGAAAUAGAAGUGGGAGAUUUGUAGUAGAGCUUCCUACAAGGGAUAGUCCAGAAGUCUUGGGAAAUUCUUUAGGAAUGGCUAUUAAUAGGUUUGGUAAAUUAGAAAAACGGUUCACAAGCCAAAUAUCAUUCAAGGAAGAAUAUUCGCAAUUUAUGAGAAACUAUUUGGAUUUGGGUCAUAUGACCAAGGUAGGGGAUUUGCCAAUUAUCUAUGAGUCAGAAGAGAAUACCAAAGGCAUGUAUUAUUUACCACAUCAUGGAGUAUUAAAGGAAACAUCCACAACAACCAAACUGCGCACUGUUUUUGAUGUUAGUUCUCCUGCUGAUAAUGGUGUAUCAUUAAAUAAUAUCUUGAUGGUAGGUGCUAAACUUCAGCAGGAUUUGUUCCAGAUUUUAAUUCGAUUUAGGCAACAUCAAAUAGUUAUUUCUGGGGACAUCGAAAAAAUGUAUAGACAAGUUUUAAUCAAGGAGAAUCAAAGAGAUCUACAACGCAUUCUAUGGCGAUUUGACACCAGUGAUCCAAUAGGGGUUUACAGAUUGAAUACUAUAACAUACGGAACAGGACCAGCUGCUUACUUGGCAGUGAGAUGUCUAACGCAAUUGGCUCAUGAUUAUGUUGAUGUCUAUCCCAUAGCAUCACAGGUUAUUUUGAGGGAUUUUUACAUGGAUGAUUUGCUAACAGGGUCAGAUACAAUUCAAGAUGCUAUAAGGUUAAGGAAAGAAAUAGACACAAUCUUAAGAAGCGCAGGGUUUAUUUUAAGGAAAUGGAUGUCUAACUACAAGGAGGUUUUAGAUGGGGAAACAAGUGACAUUGAGCAGUAUAUUGUUGAGGAUGGAGAUCAACAUAAGACACUGGGGUUGGGAUGGAAUUCGAAAACUGACCUUUUAUAUUUUCAACUAGGAAUGGAGAUAUUGGACUACAAUCUGCAAAAGGUAACCAAAAGAAAGAUAUUAUCUUUGGUGGCUCAGAUAUUUGAUCCGUUAGGUUUGGUAGGUCCAAUUUUAGUUAAGGCAAAGUUAAUUUUACAAGCAUUGUGGAGGUUGACGUUGGAUUGGGACGAUGAAGUACCAUUAGAUAUUAAAAUUACUUGGGGUUCUUUUCAGAAUCAAAUAGCAGCAUUAAAUAAAUUACAUAUUCCAAGGAAAACGGUUUGUAAAGAUUCUGUAGGUACGCAGUUGCAUUGUUUUUCAGAUGCUUCUGAAUCCGCUUACGGGGCAUGUGUCUAUUUACGAUCACAAGAUGAGUUUGGGAAGAUUACAUGUCGGCUGAUAUGUUCUAAAUCAAGGAUUGCACCUUUGAAGGUAAUUUCACUGCCGAGAUUAGAGCUUUGCGGAGCAUUACUUGCAGCAAGGUUGGGUGCUGAAGUUUAA